AUGUCUUCCAACGUCACCAAAGGGGUCCAUACAGACAGAUACAUAGUAAUCAACAAGAUAGCUACCUUGACGGGUAUCUUCACGGAUGUCUCUGAUACCGAAAACAUGACAUUUCAUCCCUCGCUCGGAGUCGCUCCUGUCGCUUUUUCUCGCACAGGCAGUCAUGCCGGCACAGUUUCAUUCCUUCGCACAAGAAUGUUGCAGAGAGUCAGUUGA